AUGGGAAAUAUUGUACGAGGCAGAAAAACAGAAGGCAGUAUCAAAGCAGAACGUACUCUACUCACAGUCAGAGCAGCCGGAGCUUUUAAAUCAAAAGUGAAAAGUGAAAAGAAAAAGACAGCGGCAAAAGAGAUAGAAGAGAUCAUAGAAUGGAAAUUUGGAAGGAAAAACACUAGGACUGGACAACAUCAAGGUAGACGUACUACAGCUUAUGAAGUGGAAGAAGAAACUUUGGACAAUACAGACAGGGAAGUUCUUAAGUUUGUACGCAGGUAUGUACAAUAAAAAACAGUUCGCUUAGUUUGAUUUAUUAUGCAAAUUAUUCCAUAUUGACUUUUUGUAAAAUUUUAGUAACUAUUAUACCAAACAACGGUAUACUAUACUACACACUUUUCCCUGAAGAAGUAAGGUAAGCAGUGUAGAAUUGGCUUUAUUGUGUUAUACUUGUGUUAUAAGUUUGUGUUUGUAUCAGGCCGGAUACGGCGUGUUUUUCACUAUUUCUUUUGACUUGGGCUUCGCAUUGUUUUGUAUGCAUGGACUCGCACCGAAAUCAUAUCACCGUUUUUAUGCGCGGACAGAAGCCCUGUCUGAUAUGGUUUUCGUGCCUGCGCAAAAGCUAUCCAGUAUGAUGUGAAUAUAGUAUUAUUUCUCCUGCAGCGUCCAUGUAGGUGACAACAGGCAUGGUCACGUGUCCAUAAAUGACACAAGUGUUGCUUGGACGGCUCUGCGUGAAUCAGCCAAUCGCGACCGAAGAGAUUUCUUGGCCGAUGAGCACAGGAGAGACAGUGGUCGGCUUAAACAGUUAGGUGAUGUCCUAAGGUUUAUCAGAAGAGCUUCAAAAGAGGCUGAAACGCUGAAGGCUACCGAAGAAUUUCUUCCUUAUGAUGAACAGUAUAAGGUAAGUGACCGGAAGUAAGAGAGUUAACUUAUGGGUCUUCGCUUUCGACAAGUUUUUGUCAGUUUCCCUUGUACGCUGAUAUUUCUUGUAUUCUUACCAGUCAGUAAGAUAUUGUAAGACAGACCAGCUGUCGAUUAGUCGGAGUGUGAAUCAUAUUCUCACAACAGUUGUUCUCACUAACUCUGCUAACUAUUGUAUGCGAUUUUUCCAUUCGCUCUUUCAUUCUAUAACAACUCUUCAUAGUUUCUCACGGUCAGUCAACGGUGAAUCAGUCAGUAAAUCAUCCAGUGUGUCAAUCUUGAGUCACUCAGUCUGUCAGUCAGUCAGUUGUCAGACAGUCAAUCAUUCAUUCAUUUAUUUAUCCAUUCAUUCAGUCAGUAAGUCAGUCUGUCAUCCAGCGCUCCUUCCAGAACUGUAAUAUCCAAUAUGAUAUUUAUUAUUUUUUUAGCCACAGUGGGAGACACGUUGUCAUAUUUGUCGCUCCUCCUCUACGAAGUGCAGUCCUUUAAUAUUCUGCCGAAUAUGCCCACAAAUAUAUCACAAAGAAUGUUUGGAAAGCCGUGGUUACCUUUCAGAUAGCCUCGCAAGUGAUACAGUCAAACUUGAAUCAGAUGAAAUUGGAUGGAGCUGCUUCAUUUGUGUAAGUUAGCCUGCGAGCAUGCUCUUCUGGGGUUCCCAAUGGUACCAGAGGUGGGGGAGGCAUGCGUCAGUCGUUAGUUAUCCAAUUAAGUGAAAAAGUGCUGGUUUUGGGAUUGAAAUGGAGGAUUUGUGGUCGAGCGGUUAAAACCUCGAACUCCUGAUCUGGGGGUCUGGGGUUCAAGCCUUGCCCGUCGCGUUUUUUUCUAAGACAAGGCUUUAUUCCAUUUUGUCUCUCUUCACCCAGGUGUAUAAAUUGGUGCCGGCGACACACUGCUUGGGGGGAGGGGGUGGGGGAUUAUCCUGCUAUGGACUAGCAUCCCGUCCAGGGGGAAAAGGAAUACUUCUAGGCAUGUUUCAUGCUAAGCAAACCGAGGUAAGCUCCGGCUGUUUAGGCCAUUGGCUCGUGUACGCCUUUACCAUUACCUUACCUUGGGACUGAAAGCAAUACACCGUAUUCACAAAUGGCGGACACGCGGGAAAAAACUGGUGCCUAGUCAUGAAAGCGAGGCGUUGGAGGAUAAACAAAAAUUUCAAAUGAAGACUUUCAGUGAACUUCCAGAGUGUUUAGCACGGAUUCCACCUAAAAUAACUUUGUACGGACUUCUUUUUAAAUACAGUUACGUGGGAUGUCUUCUGCUCUUAAUGUUUAGUAAUGAUUUGCUGUUUGCAAUCAAAAGGGACGAGUAUAUCUGCAAGGAAACAGGAUGAUUUUGUAGGUUUCCGAAGCAUCAGAAGCAGGACACGACAAGUGGGCGAUGGCUUGAGAAAAGCGGCAAACAUGUUGGUCCAGCUUCACACUGUAACCGAAUACGAAAGCCAGAUCACUACAAUUCUGUAAAACAGAAAUAAAAACAGAUAUUGGUGGCGAGAAAAAGAGAAAUAAGCGACGGAUAUAUGGCCACUGAAAACAGGUCAAGCUGAGAGCGGGUGAAAGAUUCAUUCACGAGGCUCAUUCAUUCAUGUUAGUGACAUCUUAUACAUAUCUAUGUAUAUAUGUAUGUCUGUAUUUACAACUUCCUUUGGAUCAUAUUAAUUCCGUCGCUUUGGAGCGAAUUGUUAGAGGUACGUUGGCAGAGCUUAGCAAAAAUCUCAUGAUUUCGUUGUCAUUGCGAAAUAAUUAAAAAUAAUUUUAUCAAAAUUAGAAGCUGUAGUGUGUGAAUCUUAUGGCUUGCUAUUUGCCUGGUCUCCUUUAGGGCAUUAUCUCAGAGAGCUCUUGGUAAAAAAAAGUGGUAUAAAGCUUACAUUUUACUAGGUUAAACUUUUAAGGCAAUGUUUGUGUCAGGACUGAACAUGGCAAGCUUCUGUUUCGAAUAAUUAAAUUCGAGUCUGGAUCCGUUUAAGAAGACCAUCAUUUUAUUUAUUUAUGUAUUCUUCAACUUUAAAAUAUAAUGGAACAUAAAGUUAAAACUCUUAACAGCCAACGAUAAGAAAUACGAAAUUACUCGCUGAAAUGAUGUGUCUGGCUUACCGAGUCUGCCGAGUAACAAGUUGAAAUUUUGAGCGUACUCCACUCGAUCGCUCCUGCAUUUAUAAUAAAAAAAAUAGUUAUAAUUGAUGUCCUUCGUUGAUAAAGACCAGAGAAUAACGUCCUGGCAAACAAAAAUCAAACAUAACUUCAUCGAAACCUCAGUCACCUCUUCUUUCCUGUCUUCCUUUUUUCCAUCUCGACUUGAACUGUUUUGUUCAACGGCAGACGUCUCUUGCGUUAACAAGUAGGCCAUGUAUCUGUCGCUUAUUUCUUUUUUCUUGCCACCAAGAUUUGUUUAUAUUUCUGUUUCACCGAAUUACAGUGAGCUGGCUUUCGUACUCGGUUUCAAUGUGAAGUUUGGGCCAACAUGUUUGCCGCUUUUCUCCAGUCAUCGUCCACCUGUCGAGCUUCUGAUGCUUCGGAAACCGACUCGAAAACCUACAAAAUCAUCCUGUUUCCUUGCAGAUAUACGCGUCCCUUUUGAUUGCAAACAGCAAGUCAUUACUAAACAUUAAAAGCAGAAGACAUCCCACGUAACUGUAUUUAAAAAGAAGUCCGUACAAAGUUAUUUUAGGUGGAAUCCGUGCUAAACACUCUGGAAGUUCACUGAAAGUCUUCAUUUGAAAUUUUUGUUUAUCCUCCAACGCCUCGCUUUCAUGACUAGGCACCAGUUUUUUCCCGCGUGUCCGCCAUUUGUGAAUACGGUGUAUAGAAAUUAAAAGGAGCAUUACUUGCCUUCUUUGCAAAUUUUCUUUAGCAAGCAAUCAAGGAGGCUAAAGGACUCGGAUCAAAGAGGAAGAUUCACUAAAUGUUAAUUUUUUUUUAAAGAGCGAUCAAUCAGAGCUUUUUUUUGUUGUUGUUGUUGUUGUUUUGCAGGAAAACUUAUUUGACCUGUUAUCCGAUACGGAAAAGAUUGACAUUAUGGAAACAUUUGAUCGAAUUGACACAAAUCAGGGUUUGUUGAAAAAAUAUUUUCUUGAUGAGCAACUGCUCGGAAGAGAAGUCACCAAUGGGGCGUUUCCCUGAACCCAAAACAAUACUAAAACAAUUGGAAGAAUGACAUGUCGUUGUUUCCUGCGACCAAUCAGGAGAAACCUUCCGAGCAGCUCCUUCACUACUCAAUAACAUAAUUGAUAUUCCUUGCACCAUAGCUUUGAGAUCUAACUGCUUAGAGCAAUUUAAAAAAACAUGGGCCAAACUUCUUUAACUACAUGAAUGCUAUUGUACCUGCCAUGAUACAUAUUCCGUUAAGCUACACUGAACUGUUUCACUCUAUAGAUUAGCAUCUUUUUCUUUUAGUUUCUUUUUUUUUUUUUCUUUUAUUAAUUUAUUUUAGUUGUAAAAAACUAUUACUGACCAUGACGUUUUGUGUAACUUUUGUACAAAGUAAAAUUGUUUCUUUUUUCUUCUCUUUUUUCCUUUCCAUACGUUUUCAGAUUCAUUUAUAAACAAAGAAGAGUAUCUAGAUUACCAGAAAGAUUGUUACCAGAAGUUAGUCGGAUUAGAAAUGCCCGAAUUUCGAAUUCGAAUUGAAGAACGCAUAUUUGCCGAUAUGGACAGAAGCAAUUCGGGACAGAUCGAUUGGUGGCAAUACCAAAUACCCAUGUGUGUUAGAAAAUUGACUGCGAGGAAAAAGGUAACUAGCUAA